AUGAAUUUUUAUUCUGUUCUUAUUUAUUGUUUGACGGCUUGCGUAAACUUACUCUUAAUCAUAUGUCUCAUGGCUCUGCUUACAGUCGUGUCGCUGCUCCUGCUCGCCUCAGCAGCCGUGUUUCUGCUGAUCAUGUCUGGCGGAAGAGGAUGCGACCGCUCUCCGGACGGACAGCUCAUGAAGCAGCCUGACAAUCAUUUGUCAGGUAUCACCUCCAAACAGCAACAAAUUAUUAACUUCAAGAAUCCAAGUGCCAUGCUAACAGUUCCAACUGACAGUAACAUUCAUGAGGAUUACCUUAAAUGGCAGAGUAAGAUUGGAAAUGCCCACUGUCAUGGAGGUUUCAACUACUUCAAUGGGAACCUUGUGGUGCCCAGAAACGGCAUCUACAGAGUCUUCCUGCAAAUCACCUAUCAGUGUUUGGAUUCGUCCGCUCAUAUACUGAGACUCACCAACAAUGUGUUAUAUUUCACAGAUAGUUACAAUGCCAGUUUGCCUCCUUUGCUGUCAUCAGUCGAAACAAUGAUUUGUAGCAUGGAGCAAUGGGAAAAAUCCAUCUAUACGGCUGGCUUGUUUAACCUGGAGGCUAACACCAGACUAUUUGUGAAAUCAUCGAACCCCGAACUUAUUGUUAAAAACGAAGCACUGGUGUUCUUCGGUGCUGAACUUCUAGCUUAG